AGUUUUCCAGCAGGACUGAUGCAGCACAUCAGCAGUGUUCGCCUCCACCUCCAACUCCAACAGCCCUUCACCUUCAGACGUUACAAAUCGCCUGCAGAACACACUGAAUGUAACUUUGGAUAAGGGAACUGCUUGUUUGCUAGUGACACAAAACGUGUGUUGAAGUGCACUGGUUUGUGGAGUACAUAGAAACACUCCAGCAGCAUCAGGAUGAGAGCGAUUAACUUGGACACGUACAGCCUGUCUCUGCUGACCGCUAAAGAAGACGUCCUCAACCCGAAAGCAUCCACCAACUGGGCUUUAUUUACAUAUGAGGGAGUGACCAACAAUCUCAAACUCACAGAUUCAGGAGCUGGAGGUUUGACAGAAUUGGUUGGGAAAUUUCACAGCAGCAGGCCCAUGUAUGGCAUCUGCAGGGUGGGACUGACAGAAACAGGACAACCACAGAUAGUCCUGGUUUGCUGGGUUGGUAAUGAUGUGGAUGAGCAACGCAGAACUGAGUGUGCCAGCCAUGUCCCUGCCAUCAAGACCUUCUUUAAGGAAGCUCAAGUAUUUAUUCCAGCUUCACAGCAAGAUGAGUUGACGGAGGAGCUGGUUAUGGCUGCCUUUGCAAACAUUCGACCACCAAUGGAGAGGCCGAGGAGACCCUCAAGGAUGAUGGAUAAGGAGGAGACUGUGGGUACAAACUACCAGAAGACAAAUGCUGCUAUGGAGAUGAGACGGAUUAACAGAGACUCCUUCUGGGCACGAGCAGAGCGUGAGGAGGAGGAGAGAAAAGAGGAAGAACGCCGGAGGGCUAUAGAAGAGCGGCGGCGCUUGGAGAGAGAACGAGUUUUACAGGAAAAAAAAGAGGCUGAAGAGAGAGACAGAAAGAUGAACGAAAAGCUACAGAUGAUUGAAGAACAAAGGAGGACCCAGGCUCAGCUCGAGGAAGAGGCCAGAAAAGAGGAGAAAGGGAGAUGGGAGCAGCAGCAGAGAGAGCAUGAGGAGAACAUGAGGGCCCGGCUUAAACGCAGCGAAUCUAUUGAGAAAGCAGCAGAGGCAGCAGUUCUUGUUUCCCAGCGCACCAUCAAUCCUCGGGAGUUUUUCAGACAGUUAUCAGCAUCCUCACAAAAUUCUUCAAGCCCUGGAUCACCGCGCUCAGGCAAAUCUCCAUUCCGUCGCUACCAGCGUAGUUUGACAGAUACAGCCUUUAUCUUUGAAAGGGCCAGUUCCACUUCUGGUCCCACAUCCCCUCUCAGUCCAUCUGCAAGGUCUCCAUUCUCACGCAGCCCAUCCACGUCCUCCAAAUGUCCAACAUCCCCACUUAGUCCACCAUACCGGACAAUCCCCUCAGCACAGCACCUUCAGACAUCUCCUGCCACAUCACCCCCUCCAUGCUCUGUCCCACCUGAGUCACCUGUCUCCAGACCCCCUCCCCCGCAGUCAUCACCACCUGACCUUCUGCCUCCUCAAGCCCCAGUUCACGAUUCAGCUUCCCCUGCAUCUCCAAAGCUGCUGGACAGUCAUGAUAAAUCUGAGUCUAGCAACUAUGACAGCAGUGAAGAGCUCGCUGUCGCAACAGAACGUCCUCCAGCUUCACUCUCUGAUAACACAUGGCACACUAUGGAGAUUGUAAACAGCUCUCGAAUCCUUUGUGAACCAAAGUCAGAAGUGGACUUCACUGCCAAGUCUGUGCUUGUCGAAGAAGAAGAAGAAGAAGAAGAAGAAGAAGAAGAAGAAGCAGAAGAGGAACCAGAGGAACCUUCAGCCAUGUCAGGUCCACCUUCAGAUACAAAGAUCACUACAAACUAUGAAGUAGCAGUAGAAGAACAAUUGGAGACUGAGGAUGUGAAGACUGUCAUUAGCCCCCUGAUGGAGGUUGAGGAGCAAGAGGAACCAGGGUCAGAGUCUGAGGAUGAACCAGAAGAGCAGCCUGUUGCAGAUUCUGAGGAAUUCCAGCCAAAUGUGGAUCACGUAGCACCUGAUGAGCCCAGAAAUAUGGUAGCAAUCUCAGACGAUGAAGUUGAUGAAGACCUACCAGAGAACCAAGAGUCGUGUGUGAACACAUCAGAGUAUGAUGUGAUGACUGAAGAAGAUGAAUCUGAAUGUGGCAGACCAAUGAAUGGUACAGCAGAGGAUGUUGAUAUAUCUGAGCACAGCACUCCUGAGCGCUACUGUUACACAGUUAAUCGUGAGGAGAAAGAUGAUGAAAUCCAAAUGGAGAAGGUGACCGAGAAUGGCAAAUCAUCACCAGAAAGACUGCUGUGUGUGAGAGCAUUAUAUGACUACCAAGCAGAGGAUGACACUGAGCUCUCUUUUGAACCUGGUGACAUCAUCAGUGAUGUGGAAACAAUCGACAAAGCGUGGUGGAGGGGUUCCAGCAAAGAUGGGCACCAGGGUCUCUUUCCUGCCAACUAUGUAGAGACCAUAUAAAGACUUUUCCUUUUCCCCUUUUUGUUUGACCAAUUCUCAGGGACUAUGAACCACCAAACCUGGUCUAUGAGGAUGUACCAUGUACUCUGAGACUAAGAGUCACAGGAAAAGGGUUGUAAGUGAAGCGUUCACAGGCACAACUUAGCCAACGAUUCCUUUUGUUCCAAAACAAGCAGCCAAAGUCGACAAAUGAGACUUUAGUGAUCGUUAACCGCAAGAAUGAGGACGAUCUCAGUAACUGAAAUACUCAAGUACAAUUUCUGUUACGACCGUACACGAAUUAUGAUCAUUUUAUCAUUUAUCAUUACAUCAUUUAUUAUUUACAUACCGUUGUUACUGUUAUCAUUACCAAAUGAUCCCAAAUGUGGUGGAGGUGUUUACUAGAGAACAGAUUUCUGUUUAAGUUGAAGCCUUUUUACACAUAAAUCCAACUUACAAAGGUCAAUUAGUCCUGAGUAUAGAAACUUUUUCCAGAACGUGUACUGUGUUGUAGUAGCGAUUAAAAUAGAAAUAGUUGUAACAUGCCAUUUUUUUAUUUUUUUGUAAAGCAGAGACAUGUUUACAGCAUUCUGAAUGGCAUCUGUCAUACCUGCAUACAGUAGGUGUGCAGAUGCUACAAAAAUUGUCAUUGCCAAGACCAAAUGAUUUGAUCAUAGCAGACCCCUAAAAGAUUGAGAUUCAACAACAAGAAAUAGCCUAGCGGAGGGAAUAAAACACACAGUGCCUUGUGAAAGUAUUCAUACCCUUCAUUUUUUGUAGAAGUUGUUUUGAAUAGAGAUAGAAAAGGGCUUUGUUAGAGUGGUGACCAAGAGCCUGAUGGUUGCUCUAGUCAAGCUUUCUGAUCAUAUGUAAAGAUAGGAGAAAUCUAUAGAUGGACAAACAUCACUCCACUGAUCUGGGCUUUAUGGCGGUGUGGACAGACUCAAUCUUCUCUUCAGUGAAGACACAUGAAAAAACAAUUUGCAACAACAAAAAAAGCACCUACAGGACCCCCAGACUGUGAGGAAGAAGAUUCUCUGGUCUGAUGAACAUUAAUUUUAAGCAUAAUGUUUGAAGGAAACCAGCUCUGCUCAUCACCUGCAGAGUAGCAUCCCAAAACUAAAAUGUGCUGGUAGCAGCUUCAUGCUGUGGGGAUGUUUUUCAGCAGCAGGGACAGAGAGACUCGUCAGAGUAGAAGAAACAUUCAAUGCAGCAAAAUAUAGAGAUAGCCUUGAUGAAAACUCAGUCCAGCAUUCAGAACCUCAGACUGGGCAGAAGGUUUACCUUCCAGCAGGACAAUGACCCUAAGCACACAGCAAGAGUCGCUUAUAGACAACUCUGUGAAAGUCCUUGAGUGGCCCAGCUACAGCCUGGGAUUGAACCCAGUCAAACAUUUCUGGAGAAACCUGAAAAUGUUCAUCUGCCCCCAACUAACCUGACAGAGCUUGAGAGGUGAAGAGAUGAGAAGGAUGACAGAUAAUUGCCAAAUGCUGAUGAGCAAAGCUUGUUGCAUCAAACAAAGACUGUUGAGACUGUUAAGGUGCUUCAGCUAAAUAUUUAGUUAAUAAUAAUAAUAAUUAUGCAAUGUCAGUGUUUUAUUUUAUUUUUAUUUUUAAUUAUUUACUACGUUGAGACAAUUCGGUAUCUGCUUUGUCAAUAUGGUGUAUGGAUUGAUGUGGGAAAAAAAGUAAUUUAAAGCAGUUUAACAUAAGGCAGCAACAUAAAACAUAAAAAAAGAAGGGGUAUGAAUACUUUCGCAAGGCACUGUAUCUGAUGGGUCCUGCUUUUCCAACUUUUGAGAAAGGUGCUUCUUUUAUACUUGUUUUGGUAUUUUGAAGCCCUUGCUAUUAUGAGAAGCUAAUGCUAAUGAAAUGGUUACAAAUUUUAUAGGCGUCACAUGUCUUUAAAUGCUCUGAACCUUUCAUCAAAAUUUAAUUCUUCCAUCUUUCUACUGUUUGAAAGUUUGGGUUCGGUAAGAUAAAAAAAAAAAAAGAAAGAUCCUUCUGAAAUCAUUCAAACAUGCUGACUUGGUGUUCAAGAAAUGAACAAGUUUUUUUUUUUACGAUUCUUUGAUGAACAGAAAAGUACAAAAUAAAUAUUUUGUAACAUUUAAAAUGUCUUUACAUUCACUUUCCAUCAAUAUGUGUCCUUGCUGAAUAAAAGUAUUAAUUUUCAUCAAAAAAAAUUACAAUCUUACUGACCCUAAACUUUUUAAUGGUAGUGUGCAGUAAGACUGUUCACUGUUGUGUAAAUGCUUUCAAAUAAACUUUUUUUUUUUUUUUCUAUGUAAUUUAUUUAUCUCUGAGCAUGAAUAUAGAUAUUGUUCCUUCUAGAGAGGGUCUGUCUAAUCCAUUUAACUUGUGUAACAAGAUUUCAGUAAUAGGUCAUUUCUUUCAACUAACAAUGUGCUUCUGUGCUCCUGGGAUAGAAGAAUCACCAACACAUUUAACUUACUCUAUGCUCUGUUAGUCAUUUCUUAUUGUAAUAAAUGAUGAGGUAUUAGGUUUUUUUCCACAUUCUACACUAAUGCUUUUAUGUUUUUGAUUUGUUGCACAGACAGUUCACUGCGUUCAUAUUAUUUUGAGUAUCACAAUCAUUAAGAAACCAUAUCCAUUUCUUGUGUAUUAAUGCAUGAGAUCAAAUUAAAGGGAUUCACUUUA